AUGAGUGUAAGCGACAUCUUUGAAAGGUGUGUUACCUUCGUGAACGCACUCCCCAAGAAUGAAGUAAUCUCUGUGGAGAAUAAAUUACUUUUAUACAAAUAUUUUAAGCAAGCCACAGUUGGAAACUGUAACAUACCUGCACCAAGCAUAUUUAAUUUUCAAGAAAGAAAAAAAUAUGAAGCUUGGAAAUCAAUUGAAAAUUUAAGUCAGGACGAAGCAAAAAAGAAGUAUGUUGAAACUGUUAGUGAUUUAUAUCCCGAAUGGAAAAUGGAUAUGUGA